AUGAACAACAGUACCACUGAUAUAACUGUCGCUGUGAUGAACAACAGUACCACUGAUAUAACUGUCUCUGUGAUGAACAACAGUACCACUGAUAUAACUGUCUCUGUGAUGAACAACAGUACCACUGACAUAAGUGUCUCUGUGAUGAACAACAGUACCACUGACAUAAGUGUCUCUGUGAUGAACAACAGUACCACUGACAUAAGUGUCUCUGUGAUGAACAACAGUACCACUGACAUAAGUGUCUCUGUGAUGAACAACAGUACCACUGACAUAAGUGUCUCUGUGAUGAACAACAGUACCACUGACAUAAGUGUCUCUGUGAUGAACAACAGUACCACUGACAUAAGUGUCUCUGUGAUGAACAACAGUACCACUGACAUAAGUGUCUCUGUGAUGAACAACAGUACCACUGACAUAAGUGUCUCUGUGAUGAACAACAGUACCACUGACAUAAGUGUCUCUGUGAUGAACAACAGUACCACUGACAUAAGUGUCUCUGUGAUGAACAACAGUACCACUGACAUAAGUGUCUCUGUGAUGAACAACAGUACCACUGACAUAAGUGUCUCUGUGAUGAACAACAGUACCACUGACAUAAGUGUCUCUGAUGAACAACAGUACCACUGA